AGUAAGUCUGUUCCUAUGGAGUUUGAGGUUCUUGAGUAUCCCAAUAGUGACUGUUUGUUAUAUUUGUUAGGUAGUGAGUGUUCUAAGUUGUUGUUUGAUGGUAAGUGUGUGUGGAAUUAUGUGUCUGGUCCAUAUCCUACAUCUUUAUACUUUAAAUCAUCUGGUUUUCUAUAUCUGAACUUUGAUCCAUACUAUUAUUUAUAUGUGUAUGAUGGUAAAAGCUGGGUCCUCAAAAAAGAUCUUUCCCAUCGUCCUUCCGCUAAGUUAGAUCCUUCUAUGUAUCCCAAAGAUAUUACCAUUAUUACCGAAAAAACAGAAGAGUCCUUGAAGCUUGUCAAUAAUGAUACCAGUCUAUAUAAUGUCUAUGAUCAUGGCAAUGGAAUGCUCCUAUAUGUAUUCACUCCAAAUGCUAGAUGUGUUGAGGUAAAGUAUCGUGAUCAAACCGUUUCCAAGAGACAACCUGGUGCCUAUCCCACAAGAAUUCUCUUUGAUACUGAAUCUUUAACAUUCGAGUACGAUUUCCAGAAAACUUCUGCAAUCUAUAGACUUUCCGAUUCCGGCUGGUACCUAUCCGACGCCUUUGAUAAACUAGAAAAGAUCGAAAGUGAAAUACCUUCCUGGAUCGCCAAACAAUCCAAUUACAAAUUUGGAUCCAGAAUAUCCCUAUCUAAGCUCAAAAUAUUUACGUCUGACAACAGAAACGGUUCCGGUGCCAAACUGAUACACCUCAAAAGUUCCAUGUUACAUUGUAACAAGUGGAAUUCCGGUUAUUUCUAUCCAGUGAACGGACUAUAUCUAAAACUAGUAUACAACGGUCAUGUAGUCUUCAGGUCCACAGAGUAUCCAUACAGAGGAAGACCUACAGUAGUCCUGUUUGACCUUGAUAAUAAUACCGUAACUGUUUUCUUCAGUUCCAACUUCAAAGUAUCCAUAAAUCACAUAGAUGAUACAGAUAAGGAAACGGUUCUGGUGACCAAGCGUGAAACCAAAGAACCAGAUGCUGUUACAGAACCGUCAGAAAGUGUAUCCGAACCCAUUAUUAGUGGUUACAGGUUUGUACAGAUGGAAUAG